AUGCGUGUCUCUGGCAGUGGUGCUCUUGCCUUGCUCUUUGCUCCGGGCUAUGUUCUGAGUGCAGGCUUCUGUGAUAACAUCCAGCCAUGCGUGCCAACCAAAUGGGUCACUGAUAUGGGAACAUUUGAUUGUACCAUUGGUGAUGGCCAGUAUGAUUGCAAGACUGUCCCUGGAACCGUCCCUCCUCACUUGAAGCCUGGAGCAUCCAGGGAUGGGGACAAGGGCAACCAAAAGCCCCCGUCCACGGGUAGCUAUGACAGUCCCUGCAAUGGCGGCAAAUGGAAAGGGCUUUGUCUUAAAGGCUGCCAUGAAUCUCUUCUAAACAUUGAUGGGAUCGAAUACGAGCGACGUUGCUACCAGUCGAUGACGGGUGUAACGCACACGACGGUCGCCGGGUACUCGUCCCCAGCACAAUGUUUGCAGAAGGAGUGCACAGGAGACGAUAAUUGCUUGGGCAUUGAAUGGGCUUACAAUGUGGACAAUCCACCUUGCUGGGUUGCUAGGCGCGCGGGUCCGACAUAUAAACCCGAGACCCGUGACUAUAACACAUACCACGCACUUGUCAAGAAGGGAGAAGUUGCUUGA